GUGGGACACGAAGAAGACGUGGAUGGUCGCACGGCCAUUGCGGCCUGAUGCUGUCGAAUAUGGCUCGCUGGCAUGGACACGAGAGCUGGACACGAGGGCCUUGCACGGAUUGCGAGAGCGAAGUUCGAAGAAGCGCUUAAGUGCGGAUUCGCUGAAGUUGCCCUUUGCUGGCACCGAACGAUGCACCUCCUGCGCACGUUUGUGCGCUACAACGUGUGGGCGACCGAGCGUCUCCUCGCGAGCGUCGCUACGCUCGACGACGCCGUGUACCAUGGGCAUUGCGGCCUGCCCUUUCGCUCGAUCCACGGCACGCUGAACCACAUUUUGCUCGCCGACAAGCUCCUCUAUAGCCGGCUCCAACCCGACGCGCCCGAAGAUCCGCGCCUCGCGCCGUUCUGGAACCGCCCAGACAACGAGCUGUAUGCGGCGCCGAAUGCACCGUCCACCUACUGGGAAGAGUUUGUGCCGGGCCGCGAUGCCAUUGCGGCCGAGCUCGUCGGCCAAGCGAAGCGGCUCGUGGCGCACGUGGAUACCGUGCCGGCGAGCGAUGCGCGCGUGGCGUAUCGUGCGACGGACGGCGUCUUGAAGGAGAAAGAAGCCGGGUACCUCAUUCUGCAUGCGGUCAACCACGCAACGCACCACCGUGGGCAAAUCUCGGCGUCGCUCACGCGCUUGGACGUGCCGCCGCCCACGAUGGACUUUUCGUACUUUACGCCAUGAGAUAUCGCAGUGUACAGUAGACGAAGGGAGCGCUCCUAAGAAAUUACAUCCUCCGCCGCUGUGACAUCGAACGACGACGAGCCAGCACCGAACGAAUGAGCGACCAUGCAACCCCAUGAU